AGUCAAUGGUUAAUGUACGAUCAUCGUGCGGUUCAGAUUGAUUGGUCUAGGGUUUCCGUCUUUCUUCAGCUACUCGGGAACGCCGACAGAGUUCUGAAACUUACGAACACAGAAACUAGGGCUCCAAUAUCUCUCUCUCUCUCUCUCUUUGGAAACACUCCCUCCGUUUGUAGCCGUUACAACGCCAGUAUCAUGAUGGAAGAUGACACCAGAGAUAUGGAACCAACCAUGGACGGAGAAGCUAACGACGUUAGAGCCUCAGACCGAAUUGACGACGACAAGCCUCAUCAUCGUUCCGGUGAUGGAGCUAGCCCUGGAAAAAUAUUUAUCGGAGGUUUGGCAAGGGAGACAACUUCUGCUCAAUUUCUUAAGCAUUUCGGUAAAUAUGGUGAAAUUACGGAUUCUGUGAUUAUGAAGGACCGGAUGACCGGACAACCCCGUGGAUUUGGGUUUGUAACUUAUGCAGAUCCUUCUGUGGUUGAUCAAGUUAUUGAGGACACACAUAUUAUCAAUGGAAAGCAAGUAGAAAUUAAGCGGACUAUACCAAAGGGAGCCAUUGGUUCUAAGGAUUUCAAGACUAAGAAAAUCUUUGUGGGUGGUAUUCCAACAACCGUGAAUGAAGAUGAGUUCAAGGACUUCUUUUCAAAAUUUGGAGAGGUCAGGGAGCACCAAAUCAUGCGGGACCAUUCCAGUGGCCGUUCUCGUGGAUUUGGAUUUAUUACAUUUGACACAGAGCAAGCUGUUGAUGAUCUCUUGGCAAAUGGAAACAGGAUUGAAUUUGCUGGAGCUCAGGUGGAGAUCAAGAAGGCAGAGCCCAAGAAACCGAACGCCCCACCACCACCAUCCAAGCGUCACAGUAACUCUAAAGCUGCAUUUGGCGGUGGGUUUGGAGAUCCUUAUGGCGAAUAUGGUGGAGCUGGAUUUGGUGCUGGUUCUUAUAGGUCAGGUGGAGCCUAUGGAGCUAGAGCCAGUGCUUACGGUGGUUAUGGUGACAACGAAUUUGGUGGUUAUGGGGGAUAUGGUGGUGGUGGUGGUGGUGGUGGUGGUUUUGGAGGCUAUAGAGGAGAACCCUCCUUGGGGUACUCAGGCCGUUAUGGUGGAGGCUUUGGUAGAGGUUAUGAUCUAGGUGGUGGUUAUGGUGGGCUUGGUGAGAGCUAUAGAGGAUAUGGUGGUGCUGCUGGUACAGGUGCCAGUGGUGCUGGUGGUGGCUAUGGAGGAAGCUAUGAUACUGGCCUUGGCGGUGGCUAUGGAGGGGGCGGUGAAGGUUCUUUUUAUGGAAGUAGAGGAGGUUAUGGUGGUGCUGCUGCUGGAGGAAGGAGGUAUCAUCCUUAUGGAAGGUAGGGGGAUUACAAAGGGAGUCAUCUUGUUGAACUCAAAGUGCUAAAUUGACUAUUGAGGUUGUCUUUAGUUUGUGGCACUGAUGUGAAAGUAGGGCUAGAUUAUGCUCUCGGGUUCUAUUCAUUUGACAUUUUUGUAUCUUUAAGUGAGAAUUUGUUAUUUCUUGCGUCCAUUUCUUUACGAUAAAUUCUCUCAGAUAUGUUUCAAUAGAUGAUUAAUUCAAUUGGUAUGGAUUAGCUGAAGAGAUUAUUAAUUUUUUUUUUUCACAUGUUGACACCAGACAGUUAAAUUUUCUGAUUGUUGUGGAAUAGAAUCUGGAUUAUAAGUUGCAGUUA